AUGAAAUGUCACUUUUUUAAAAUUCAGAUGAAACAGGUGGAGGAGUACAUGUCCUACAGAAAGUUGCCGAGGGAACUUCGCAAUAAAAUAGUGGACUACUACGAGCACCGGUACAAUGGAAAAUUUUUCAAUGAAGUGGAAAUCCUUCAGGAAGUUUCUGAGUGCCUCCGAGAUCAAAUUAUCAACUACAAUUGUCGUUCCUUAGUAGCCGCGGUGCCUUUCUUCAAAGACGAAGACGAAAACUUUGUUGUGGAUGUGCUUAACAGGCUGAAAUUUGAAGUCUUUCGACCCGACGAUGUGAUUAUUAAACAUGGUACUUUUGGUACAAAAAUGUACUUCAUCCGCGAGGGAACCGUCGAUAUCGUACUGCCUGAUGGCAGUGUGGUCAACACUCUCACUGAUGGAGCCUACUUCGGAGGUCAGGUUGAUUACUACUUCCGAAAUUAA